AUGAGUGUUAAGGAUUAUAGCAUUCGUCAUGGAGUUCAGUAUCGGGUUAUGGAAUCUGAUCAUCUGAAGUAUGUUGGGAGAUGCAAGGAGUUUGGAAAUGGUUGCACCUGGAUGAUCCGCGUGGCACUUCGGCAGCGCAAGAGGAACUGGGAGGUUAGAAGGGCAGAUGCAGCGGUUACCAUAAAAGUGUUGCAAGAAGCUACUGAGUCAACCUACAGAUUCAAGCCUAGUUACAGGAAGGUGUGGAAGAUAAAGCAGAAGGCAGUCGCCCAGAUUUACGGGGAUCGGGAAGAGUCAUAUGUGGAGUUGCCCCGGUGGAUCUUUGGGAUGCAAGCAACGAUGGACGGAACCGUAGCUUUGUUGAAAACUUCUUGGGUGCAUGUAGGUGGUGAGGUUGAUGAGUCUACAGAGUACUUUCAUCGACUUUUUUGGACAUUCCCUCCAUGCAUUGAGGCUUUUAAACAUUGCAAGCCACUAGUCAGCAUUGACGGAAUGCAUCUGCAUGGGAAGUAUGGCGGGACUUUGCUUCUGGCUAUUACGCAAGAUGGAAACUCGAAUAUAUUGCCAGUUGCACACAACGGCAUUAAGGCUGCACUGGAGGCACUAGACAGUGGUUGGAAACCGCCUCAUGCAUAUUGUGUGUAUUGCAUUCGACACGUUGCAGCUAAUUUUGCUCUCAAUUUCAAGAGUCAGGAUGCAAGGCGGAUGCUCGUGAAUGCGGAGUAUGCUAAGACUGAAGUCGCGUUUGACUAA